AUGGACAUUAUAUUUAAAAUUUUGACGUGUGGUGGAGACAAAUUCAUUGAAGUUUCUUUUGAAUAUCUUAACUCGAAUCUUUACAAUAUUAUUAUUGAGGUCUGUGCAUUUUUAUUAGUAAGCAUAUAGAAACAUCACAAAACAUUUCUACAAUGGUGAACGGGAUUAAAUUUAAUAAAAUGUAUGGACCUCUAAAUUCAAGUAAAAGAGCACAAAAUGUUGAAGUCAAGGUUGGAUGCGAUAUGGAAUUUACAAGAUUUAAACUCUUCAAUAAACACAAUC